AUGGUCAACUGUGGUACAAAUCUUUUGUCAUCGAUAUUACCUUAUGUUCAUAUACUUUCAUCAUCAUCAUCAACAAUAACAACAACAUAUUGUUCACAAUGUUUAAAUUCAUCAAAUGAUUUAAAACGUUGUUCAAAAUGUCAUCGUAUAUCAUAUUGUUCAAUAUCAUGUCAACGAAAAGAUUGGAUUUAUCAUAAAUAUGAAUGUUUACAUUUACAUGAAAUUCUAAAUGAAUAUGAUUUAAUAAGACUUUUUUUACGUUUAAUUAUACGUUAUAAACAAGAUCAUGGUAAAGAAGAUAAUUCUCAUACAAAACGUUGUUUAAAUGAUCUUAAAACACAUGAAAAUGAUAUUUAUAAUGAUAAACAACGUUAUAAAACAUUUCAAUUAAUAAAUCAAUAUUUAAAAUCAUGGAAUUUAUUAAAUGAUAUUGAUGAUAAAAUUUUAUUUGAACUUUAUUGUCGUUUAAUUAUAAAUACAUUAACAAUACAUGAUACAAUUGAUUUAAAAUCUAUUGGUUAUGGUUUAUAUUUAGAUGCAACUAUAUAUAAUCAUUCAUGUCGACCAACAUGUCAUACAAUAUUCAAUGGUCUUUAUUUAACUAUUCGAAUUAUAUCAAAUGAUCAAAACAAUGAAUGGACUAUAAAUUAUAUUGAUUUAUUAGAUACAUAUGAAAAUCGACAAGAUCUUUUACGUAAUAAUUAUUAUUUUAAUUGUCAAUGUAAACGUUGUUUAGAAAAUAAUAAAAAUGAAUUAAUUCUAUUAGAAAAAAUUCAUUAUGAAGAACAACAAAUGGAUAAAUUUAUAAAUAAAAAUGAUUAUUUAAAUGCAUAUCAAUCAAGUAAAAAUUUAUUAAAUUAUUAUGAUGAUAUUUUACCAUACUAUCAUGCUUAUGUAUCAUUACAACAUGUUAAACAUUUAAAAUUAGAAUUAUUAUUAAGUGAAACUAUAUCGGAUUUAAUUCUUCAAUCAACUAUGAAAAAUACUUAUGAACGUGUACAAAUAUCUAUGGGAGAAAAUCAUCCAUUAACACAAGAAACAAAAAAAUUAUGUGAACAAUAUCAAUUAGAAAUAUCUAUUAAACAAAGACAAAUUAAUUGA